UCUGCAUUUACGUGCGCUGAGCCGAACCAGUGCUUUAGCACGUUGCUUCGUGACCACCGCGGCAAUUAAUUCCAGCAUCUUCGCACCCUGUUUUUGGAUUUAAGUCUGCUGUUAUGCUGGUGGGAUGGCAGUGUUGAUCUACGAGUAACCAUUUCAAGCCUCUACUGAGUUCUUUCUUAACAUGGAAACCAGUACUUGUUUAGAGCUUGCGCUUGAGGGUGAACGCUUGUGCAAGGCAGGCGAUUUCCACUCGGGUGUCGAGUAUUUGAGCGCGGCGAUCAACGUAGGCACGGAUGAUUUGAGAGUGCUUAGCGCCGUUUACAGUCAGCUGGGCAAUGCUUCAUUUUACCUCGGAGAUUAUAAUAAGGCUCUGCAGUACCAUCAGCUUGAUCUCAAAACAGCCAAGGAAGCCGGCGACUUAUUGGGGGAGGCGAAAGCGAGUGGAAACUUGGGAAACACGCUCAAAAUGAUGGGCAAGUUUGAUGAUGCAGUCACAAAUUGCGAGAGGCACCUAAGCAUAUCCAGGGAGAAAGGCGACAAAAUAGGAGAAGCACGUGCCCUUUACAACUUGGGCAAUGUGUACCAUGCUAAAGGAAAGCACAUAGCUCGUGCCAGUAGGCAGGAACCUGGGGAGCUGCCAUCUGAUGUUCAGGACUGCCUGCAGAGGGCCAUCCACUGCUAUGAGGAGAACCUCAAGUUAAUGGUGGCUCUUGGUGACCGAUCAGCUCAAGGACGAGCAUACGGCAACUUGGGAAAUACGUACUACCUGCUUGGUGAUUUCAGGAAGGCCAUUGCCUACCACGAGCAGAGACUGAAAUUGGCCAAGGAGUUUGGGGACAAAGCAGCUCAAAGGAGGGCAAACAGCAACCUCGGCAACGCCCACAUUUUCCUGGGAGAGUUCAGUAUUGCAGCAGAGCACUACACGAAGACUUACCAUUUGGCCAAAGAACUUGGAGAUAGGGCAGUUGAGGCCCAAGCCUGUUACAGUUUGGGAAACACAUACACACUGCUACGUGACUUUGAGCGUGCCAUAGAAUAUCAUUUAAAGCACCUUCAAAUUGCUGAAGAACUCAGUGACAUAGUUGGUAAAGGGCGUGCAUAUUGGAGUCUAUCCAAUGCACAUUGCUCUCUGGGUGACCACAAAGAGGCACUCCACUAUGCCACCCGGCACCUACGUGUCUCCCAGGAGCUCGGGGACAAAGUAGGCCAAGCAACAGCACAGAUGAGCAUUGCAGACCUGAAGCAACUUCUUGAAGGUGAUGCAAGUGACGCAAAGAAAGGUGCCAUGGAUGAUAUGAGCACACCACAAACCUCUUCUAAUGCUGAGAAUGCAAAACCAACGAAGCAAGAAACAUGCAGUGAUGCUCAAAAGCAGCAACGGUCUGGAAGCGACAUGGAUCAGGAUGCCUUCUUUGAGCUGCUAAGCGAGUUCCAGAGCAAGCGUAUGGAUGAUCAGCGCUGUUCUAUCACACCGCUGGAGAAUAAGGAGAAUGUAUUGCCAAACGGUUCACCUCCAUAUCCCAGCCCAACAAGUUCAGGCCCAGAGGACAGUGCUAGUGUUCGAGAGGAACUGCUUGACCUGAUAGUAGGCAUGCAGAGCCGCCGCAUGGAUGAACAACGCACCAGCCUUCCACAGCUGCCAGGUCUGCGCCGCAACAACCACAACAAUAACAGCCUGCAUCACCACCACCGCAUGUCUGUCGGAUCAGUGCUUGAGGAUGACUUCUUUGACAUGAUCGUACGUUGCCAGGGCAGCCGGCUGGAGGACCAGCGCAGCAGCAUGCCCACUCUGCAGCGUGCCCCAAGCGCUCCUGUGGUGCCCAGCUCACGAUCGGCACCAACAGUGCCUGACGAGGACUUUUACUCGCUCAUCCUGCGUGUGCAGGCAGGCCGCAUAGAGGACCAGCGCACCUCCUUCCGGCCCCCUGAUGCCGCCCCAACCACUUCGUCUGCCCCCGUCCGGGCCAGCCUCAAGGGUAGUCUCAAAUCGGCCCUCCGGGGAAGCCGCCACUCCAAGUCCAAGCAGUGAAGGCAGCGCAUGUUGCUGGUCAGAGGGUCUUGCUCACAAGAAGCACGAUUUGUGUGCUCUAGAGUAGCCACGCUUGUGAGGCCUCUAAUAAAUUCCUGACAGGCUUCCUCCUAAUCAUGUCCACAUAAAUUUGAGCUAACAAAGGGCAGUUGUGGUCAAAAGACCUGGCAGGAAGAAAUCGUAAAGUUGGUGCCACCAAAGACUCCUAGUAUAUAGUUUGACUGAGUUUCAACUGUCCGUGUAUAAAACUCAUUUCAUUUUAUUGAGUCUUGUCCAUAGCAUAUGAAAUGUAUUGAUAACAUAGAGCAGUGCAGCAGUGAUUGUAGAUUUAAUUUGAAAAUGUUUCACUGUACUAUGUCACCAGAUUAAUGCAGCUUUAUUUUAUUUUACUUAUCUAGAUUUGGAAUGCUACAGUUGCCGAUACUUUCUGCCAUCUUUGGUUGUGCACAGUGGUAGUCCAGCUCAGCAUUUACACAUUUCGCUGACUAAUUUAUGCGUUCCUACGUGAAAUUGCAUGCUGUAAAAGAUGUCAAUGAAGUUAUGCUGUAUGACAGCACUAUAAUUACAAGGUCUACAGUGUUUGUACAUACGCUGUUACCUUGCAAAAGUGGCCUUGGUUAGAAUAUGCUAAAGAUGUUGCUUGAGUUAUUGACAGCCAUUUUUGGUCAUGCAGAAUUUGGCUAACCUGGUUGUUUCCAUCCAGCAGGUACGCUAAUAAAAAAAAAUUCAGGCAGUCAGUGUCAACCUCUGGAGAACUUGCCUGUAUUGAUAUUAUGCUGAUGUUUGGAGUACAGCUGAUGUCGCUGAUAUCCUCGUGAAAAAAACAAAAACAAAAAAGAACAGCCACUUCGCUGUGGCAGCCAGCAUGCAGAAAUACAGCACUUUCUUAGUGGUUAGUGGGAAGAUGUAGAUUGAUUUUGCCAGCUGUUGUGUGAUAUUCAGAAGGUGUCAAUUUGUUGAAAAGUAAUUCCUUCAUCAACCAUGCUUGGAAGAUAGGUUCUAUAAUACUCAUAAAUAAUGUUCAUUUAAAUGGAAUUUAUAUAUCACUUUACAACUAUGAUUCCUCAGCAAUUUUAGUUUAAGGUAAGAAUGGCAGUGACAACCACUGUGAUGCUGCUGGUGGCUAAGAAGUUCUCACAUUUUGACUCAAAAACUGCUUCAAAAUGUUAAUUUUUUUAUUACACGAGUUAUAACUCUUUCUGAGCAGCAAGUUCAAUUUACUUGGCAGGUGACAACUCUAGGGCUGUUAAAAAAAAUUAACAUUAAGUUUGUCUGAAGCCAUUCGUUUCACUGAAGGAAAUAAAUAUAGGAUUGAUAUCCAAAACUUUUCAGGCAGGCAUCUCUACAGAACACUGUUAGUGUGUGUGCUUGUUGUGCUCAAGACAUGUGAAGAGGAAGAAAUGCGUUAACUUGUGUUCACAUUUUUCUGUUCUCACUUAUUUUGUAAGCCCUAGUAAUAGCUCCCAUUCUUGAGCUCGAGGUCCUCAUCUUUGUGUGGUAUUGGAGUUGUGUAUAGAAACCAGCUUGUUAACUCUUCAUAUUAUCCACUGGGCAGUAUGAGUUAUAAUUGCUGGUUGCUUAAAGUAAUUAUGGCGUAGCCAGGUUAUUUUCAUAGUACCAGUUGGAGGGCCGUCAAGUGUGAGCAUUCAUCAAUGGCAUCACACCUUGAUGCAAUGACCGUAUGGAUUAUGGUUGCAAAUGCAUGCUGGCAAAGGUGUUGCUUUUUUUUUUCUGUGAAACAGAAGUGGUGCGCAUUAAUAAUGAUUCAGGUGUUUCGUCUUCGAAUGUAUACCUAUCAUUUCGCCAUGUCUGUGUGAAAUGGUACAACUCCUUUUUGUUUAUUUUCCUAGCAGAGCACAAAGUGUUCUGAAUUUUCUUUUCGACUGAAGAAAAUUUUAGUACCAUUUUAUUUGUGUAGAUAAUGAAUUAGCUAUUUUAGUAAAAUGUAUGAUGUAUAGUUAUGUCAUACUGAUUCAGGCAUUACCAUUCGAUUUUCGUUACAUGCUGCGUAUUAGCCUACGAAUUGUUUAUCAAAGUGCGUCAUUGAUAUAAAACACUUUUGAGUGCUAUAUGUAGUUCUCAUUACUAGAUUGGCUACUGCUAUAGUGAUAUGCUGAUGUGAUGAUGUCGCAGGUGUGUUAUUUAAUAAACCAUGCGAUCCCUAGUGCUCUGGCCAAUGCCACAUGGUUAUUUGGAAUUUUUGUAGCUUUUUAUGUCACUGUAAAAAACUUUUUAUUGCUACAGCUAUAUGAUUUGGCUACGUAUAUAAUGCAUUUAUGCUGUGAUGUCUGUUUUCUUUUUAGUGCGUAUUAGGGCCAGUCCACGCGCUACCCACUCAGCCGUAACACACGUUGGGGACACCUGCCACACCCAAGUGGGGAGCAAAUCAGCGAAUCGGUGACGCUCUUUCACCUUCUGCUUGGAUGCGGCAGGUGUCCUGGCACAUGCAUUGUGGCUGUGUGAGUAGUGCGUUAACAGGCUUUUACUUCUAAAUUUCCUGUACCCUUUGCCACAAGUUUGCAGGCCACAAUGCAUGUGAUGAGAACCUUAAUCAGGGCAUGUAAUGUGGUGUGUGGUGCUUUGGCUGUGUAGGGAGGAAGGAUAGUUCACAACUCUGGAGCUUCGAGGGUGCCGUGAAUACUACAAGAGCCCUUCUAUGUAACUCAAAAACUGCUAAAGUCAUCUGAUUUGUGGUCUUCUUGCUUUUGACAAAGAUUUUUGCUUGAAUAUCAAAUGUUUGGUCUGAACUUGUCUUUCAGAUUGUGCACAGUGCAUGCGAUCUCUAUUUAAAUUUGUUGCACAUCUGGGUGUGGUGGGAAUGCUUUGGGUAGUUUGUUAAGGACUUCAGAAACUUGACCAAUGGAGCUGACCAAAACUUUUUCCAGGUAAAUGUACUUUUGCCAGACAUCCUCGACAACGCACAGAAAAUCAGUGAGACCCACACCACAGCCUAGUAGCACAGUUAACACAUUCCUAUGAAGCAUUGGCAAUAUGUAUUUGUGAUUUUCCUAGAGGUUCGGACAUCUUGUCACUGAUGAAGCUGAGGAAUUUCCCCUACUCCAGUAAUACUUUUGUGCUAGUUAUGGUGUGACCUUGUGUGUAGUAUCUUGCACAAGAGUGAAACAUUUUAGCACCAACAAUCUUGUUUGUAGCAAAUUUUCUCUGGAGAAAACAUUCCGUAUUCAAGCUGCUGUGUACAAAUAGUGCCAGUAGACUAGGCUGCCUGGCUAAACAGUGCGGCUAAACAGGUGGUGCAUAAACUUUGGAAUACUAGCUUUUUUUGGGGGCCAGUUUAGUAUUUGAUAAAUGCUUUCUUGUUGGAAAUAUGCUUUUUUGUACUUUCUGGUUUGGCAGAUGGCUUUUUUCAUGUGUAUUCGCUUUCUUUCAUAGGCUCAAAUGCAUAAGAAGUACUAUGAGAUACAAGAGGCUGUACCACACAACCAGCUUUCUUUAGCAAGCGUAUUUUCAUUUGUCAGAAAUUGUGGGCUUUUGUUGGCAAAUUUAGCUUCAUAUUUGACAUGUAGCUAGGGAAG